GGUGCCAUUCCCUUCCGCACGCACGAACACACACCGCCGACCGACAACCACUUCUCCGUCAUCCUUAGCCACAUCCUCCGCGAGACCUGAGAGGUGAUCGAGGAGCCAUGGCUGCAGCGGCCGCACCGUCUCGCCGCGCGCCGGCGCUGCCCCUCGUGGCCACCGCGCUGGCGCUGGCGCUGGCGCUUGCGCCGCGCCCGGCGGGGGCGGCGCUGUCGUGCUCCACGGUGUACAACACGCUGAUGCCGUGCCUCGGGUACGUGCAGUCGGGCGGUGCGGUGCCCCGGGCGUGCUGCUCGGGGAUCCAGAGCCUCCUGUCCGAGGCGCGCACCACCCCCGACCGCCGCGCCAUCUGCACCUGCCUCAAGAACGUGGCGGCGGGCGCCGCCGGCGGCCCCUACAUCAGCCGCGCGGCGGGGCUGCCCGGCAGGUGCGGCGUCUCGCUGCCCUACAAGCUCAGCCCCAACAUUAACUGCAACUCGAUCAACUGAGGUGCCUCGAUCUACUGUCAACCGUGAAGUCUUCGGCACGAGAUCAUGGAGGGCCGUAGGAGCUGCUGCUUCUACUGGCCUUAAUUAAUAAAGUUGUGAGAUUUAAGAGCGGUGAAUCUCUUACUAUACUGUAUAUAUGCUUGAAGCAUAUAUAUGUAUACGUUGUGGAAUGAUAUGAAUAAAUGGACGCAAUCGUAUCGUACAUAUUCUA